UCAAAAUGGCGAUGCGCACGCUUCAAGGUCGCCAAGGCAUGCUUUGUUUUUUGAGGUAUCCAUGGACUUCAGAAGUGCACAGAGUGCUGGCUAGACAUGCUUCUGGUGCGUAUUAUGUUCUUCUACCUGAAACCCCAGACACUUCAGAAAACAAUGUUGUCAUGCAGUUCAAAGCGACACCAAAGUUUUCAGCUAUCACUCCAGAUUUGUGUGUUACCGGUUGCGCGAAAUUGGCAAUUGAGUAUGAAACACGGCUCGGACUCCACAUCGAAAACCUGAAAGAUAUUUCGAGAGAAAAAACAUUUAGUGAUGUGUUUGAUCCAAUUGAAGAAGUUUCCGUGCCGCUGAACACAGCUUGGCGAACAGCCAAAAACCUCAAUUAUGUGUGUGGGUCCAAAAUGUAUAGAACUGUAUUUUCGAGGAUUCAUUCACAGGUUGAAAGAGCCAAGAACGAACGAUGGAUUAGUGAGCCGUUAUAUUACGCUGUUAAAGAAGUCAGUGCAAACAGCGCAAACCUGACAGAUUUUCAGCGUCGACUUGUUGAUCUUUACCUUCUAGAAGGCCGUCUGAAUGGGAUAGAACUUCAUGGAAACGAAAAACAGCGCUUUGUGGACACUCUCAAAGUUCUGGCCUUGGAGCGUACUAAUUUUAGAAACAGAGUCAUGCUUUGUCAGGGCAUGUAUUCGCAUCGCAUCGAUAACUUUGGAGCUAUCUCAGAAAUGCCACGAAACAUUUUGACCUACAUGGCAGAAAAUCAUCUCAACCCAUCUCAUGGUCCUUGGCGAUUGACACUUCAACAGAACAUAUACCAGCCUUUUCUUGAGUACUGCAAUGACCGAACACUGCGCUGGAAUGCAUGGUAUGCCUUUAACAAUAGAGCAUCAGUGUCAUUUGUUGAUCAAAAUCUUGGGAACCACAAACUUAUUGAAGAUCUGCGGCGAUACAGGAGAGACAUAGCCAAAUUGCUAGGCUAUGAGAAUUUUUUUGAGAUGUCCAUGGAGACAAAAAUGGCUGGCAGUGUAGAAAAUGUUCUUAACAUGAUUGAAACAUUCAAGGUAAAGUUCAGAGAUGUUGCACAGGAAGAGAUUGCUGACUUGCAAAAGUUUGCCACUAGUGAGGGGUUUAAAGACAAAUUGCAGAUGUGGGAUCUGGCUUACUGGCGGCGGCGUCAACAGCAACAUUUCUUUGACAUUGACCAUAAUCUUGUAGCUGAGUAUUUUCCUUUCAAAAAUGUUCUUCAUGAACUUUUUCAGCUGUGCAAAGCCAUGUUUGGGAUAACAAUUAAAGACUGUAGCGGUGAAGUGGAGACAUGGCAUGGUGACGUUCAAUAUUUUAAAGUAUAUGAUGAAAAUGACAGGCAUAUUAGCUCUUUCUUUCUUGAUGCUUAUUCAAGGCCAGAGGACAAGCUUGGUGGGGCAUGGAUGGAGAUGGGACAAGAAAGGAGCCAAUUGAUGGGCACCAUGCCCUUCUCAUACCUCGUGCUUAAUUUGCCAUGCCCCCUAUCCCCAUCACAGCCAGUCUUGAUGAGAUUCUCUGAUGUUCUAUCUUUGUUUCAUGAGUUUGGACAUGGCCUUCAACAAUUGUUGACACAGGUUCCCUACAGCGAACUAGCUGGUCAAAGAAAUGUGGAGUGGGAUGCUGUGCAGGUAUGUGCUGGAUUUUUGCAACAUUGGUUGCUUGAACCUUCAUUCCUGAAGAAACUGUCUUUGCAUUAUGUUACAAAGGAGAAAAUGCCAGAAGAACUACUGAUGAAGCUACUCAAGUCCCACUAUCACAUGUCUGCCUAUGACAUGAUGCGCCAGUUGUACCUUACUGCUUUUGACAUGGAACUACACAUUAGCAAGAACCACUGGCAUGAAGCAAUGACACACACAUGGGGCGAGUACAUGCCCCUGCCUCUGAGUGAGGAUGAUAACCAUCCAUGCUCCUUCACCCAUAUCAUGUCUGACCAGUAUCCUGCAGCAUACUAUUCAUACCAGUGGGCCAGAAUGAUUGCUGCUGAUGUUUUUGCUGCCUUCAAAGAAGUAGGGAUUGAAGAUCCAGAAAAGGUGCGGGCUACCGGAAAAAGGUUUGCAGAAACGUUUCUUUAUCUUGGAGGAGGUGUACCGGCUAGCGAAAUCUUCCGGAGAUUCCGAGGAAGAGACCCCUCCCUUCAGGCCUUGCAGGAGCACUUGGGCAUCAAAUGAAAUUAUGAAAGGUCAUAAUAUGAUGAACAAGAUAAGGUUGAAAUAAGAGGGCUUUAUGCAGCAGUUAGUUCAUUAGUGCUGAGAAGUUGUGUCUAAUUUCUCAUAGAAAAGAGAUAGGUAAGCAUACAUUAAUUUUGUACUGAGGGCUGCGCUUAUCUGCUAGAAAAGUAUAAAACAAAUAACAGAAGAAAAUGUCUUUAUUGUGAAGCUGAAUAUGACAUAACAUUUCAGCUGUGUGAACUAACAAGCUUGUUAUUAGUGUGAGGGGAGAGAACUGCCUGGCCUGAGGUAAAUUUCUGACUUCCUGACCUUUAAUUUCUGCAGAACUGAAAAAGUUAAUUCCAUUAGCAUAAAAUACAUGCUCAGAUCAAACAUUUGAGCAGUGGAUAGACUUGUCUCUAUAUUCUGAUUCGUAUACAUUAGCGUAAAAUAUAGGUUCACAGGGCUUCUGCUAAG